UCAGCACAUAAAGAUGGUCCGGAGCAGCUCAUAAGAAGCUGUUGGUGAGAGAAUAUAUUAGAGUGUUGGAACCCUGUCAGUGCCCAGAUGGAGACCAACACUGCUUUCCCACCGGAGGCACCAAAGGUCAGCUUGGUAGCUGGCGAUGAGCGCGUAGACUACAUCAGAGAGCAAGUAUUCAGAUCCCUUAGGUUAAAAACUGACAAAUGGAACCGCUUUGUAUCCAAUGAGGAGAAUCAGAAGCUGGUACUGGACUUUCUGGAGGCUGCACAGUGUCGGAGGCUGGUCUUCUUCUCUGGGCCUGGUGGUAGUCUGCAUGCAUCAGCUGAACAGGUCAGUGCAGUAGAAACUCCUGGUAGUGGGUUUGUGGCCCAGACCUCUAACAGACUGCCAAUAUCUUCCAAAGCCAAACAGUUCUGCUUGGUAAAGAAAGAGCCAGUAAGAAUUUCCACCACUAACUACAAGCAGAGUAUUGAAAUGGGAGAAGUUUCUUAUAUGAUUCUGGAGCAAGUCCCUGUUCUCAUCAGUGAAGUGUUGCUCACAAUUCUAUCCAACCCAAAGAAUUAUACUGAGUGGCCAAGGGUCAUUUUGCAAGAUAUUAGAGGUCAUAUCGAAAAUCUCAAAUGUAAAGUGAUAAAUCUCCAGGGCCUCGUUUCUGGAAAGACGUACUUACCAAUGCCCACAAUCCCUGAGUUUGACGACGAUACAAAUAUCUUAAGCACCAAUGAUAGAAUUACCCUUCAUGCCAUAGAAACCAUUGUAAUCCAAUGGACCCAUCAGAUAACAGAUGUUCUUAACCGAGACUCGGCACAAAAGAUUUUAAAGGGUGAACAUCCAGGACCCUCUGCUGAACUAGAAUUUUGGCUGAUGCAGAAAGAAAACCUGUAUGGCGUUUCUUGCCAGUUGAAAAGUCCAGAGGUGCAGAAAGUUAUAGAAAUUCUUCACAGAAGAAAAAGCAGCUAUUACCCAAGUUUCAUGGAAAUGAUCUCUAAAGUGGAUGAAGCCCUCUCAGAGGCCCUGGAUAUUGAAUUACAUCUCAGGCCACUGAAAUUUUACAUUGCUCACCUGGAGGAAUCCAACAUGCCAGACAUUGAGAGCUUUAUAUUGCCACUCUUCCAUACGAUCAGCCUGAUAUGGACACAUUCCAAGUAUUAUUGCUUUCCUCAGCGCAUCAUUGUCCUCUUGCAGGAAUUCUGCAACCUUGUCAUUGACCGGGCUCAAAACUACCUCAUCCCUGAAGAGAUCUUCAAAAUGGAGUUAGAAGAAGGACUGGAAAAGGUCCAGCAGACAAUCCAAAUGUUUAAAUCUUUUAAGACGGUCUUUUCUUUAUACAAAGAGGAAGUUUCGGGUUCUGCAAAAAAAGAUGGAGUAAAAACCUGGGACUUUCCGUCCAACCUUGUAUUUUUCCGAUUUGAUAGUAUUCUGGAACGACUAAACUACAUUGAGGAGCUUUUCACAGCAGCCAUCGACUUCCUGAAAUUAGAGAGAGUGGAAAUAGGUGGUCUUCGUGGGAAAAUCCUUAGUGAAGAAGUUCACGCCAUGUGUGAAGAAUCAAAUGAAAGCUGGCGAAUUCUGCAGGAAAGCAAAUACGACCCUCUUGAUUACACAAAUACGGACUUUUUGGUUGAUUACGUGAGAUACAGCCAGCAAAUAAAUGACUUUGACCAUCACUUGGGCAGAAUUUUGAAUUUGGCAUUUGAAGAGUCAAAUGGACUUGAGUCAGCUUUCAAGGUUUUGCAAAUAUUUGGUGCACUUCUUGACCGGCCAGUGAUCAAUUCUCUGUUCAGACCAAAUUAUGCUAAACUGCUUUCCAUGUUUGAGCUUGAAAUUAACUCUUGUAGGAGAAUAUUUCACAGUCAAGAAGAAAAAUGGAAUGAUGGGCAGGGUGUUCUUCAUAAAAAUAUGCCAGUCACUUCAGGAACCCUAAAAUUGUCCCAGGAACUGCGAGAGAGAAUGGAAAAGCACAGAAGUUGCUUCAAACACACCAGUCUCAGAGCUCUGCAAAAUGAAGAAGCAAAUCGAAUCUUUGAAAAAUAUGACAAGUUUAUGAAACUUUUAGAUGAACACGACAAGGAGACAUUCAGUGUCUGGGCUCAGGAUCUCAGUGACUGCUGUGAGACAUAUCUCAACCAGCCCAUUCUCAGAUGUGACAAUAAUGGCGUCUAUGACACAAAUUUUAAUCCUAAGCAUAUUGGAAGCCUGAAUCUCAUAACGGAAUGGUUUAAUAGGCUGCAGCGCACAAUCUUGCAAGUAGAGAGGGAUCUUAUGCAAGAUGAACUUCAAGCCAUGGAGGAUAAGAUGAAACCGGCACUUUCUCUUCUGACAUGGCAGACGGAGGAUUUAGACACAUAUAUUGAAGAGACCAAAGAGCUGGUGUGUGGCGUUGGUAGCAGAGUCUUAAAAGCCAAACAGAAUGUGGAAAUGAUGCAGUGUCUUUUGGACAAACUUCAUGUGAAUUUGUUUGUAGUGAGAAAAUAUGGUAAAACCAUUCCACUGUUGCGCCUACGAGACAAAGAGAGAACAGACAAACAAUAUGCUGUAGCAAGUGACGUUGGCAGUAAAAUACAAGAGCUUCUACAGAACAACCAGCAACUGUUCCAAGCAGAUCCCAUUUCGGACAUAUGGAAGGUAUAUACAGAAUACUUGGACCACAUUAUUCAAGAGGGAUUAUGUAAGGCAGUGAAGCAUUCACUUCAGUACUUGAUUGAUAACACAGAGGCAUCUCUUAAAAAAAGCCCUUUGUUUGAAGUUGAGCUUGUCCUCAGUGGAGGUGAAAUGACUUUUAGACCUUCUUUGGAGUCUAAAAUCAGUGAUAAUUUCUCUAACAUAAUAGAGAGCUUGCUUAGAGACACCUAUCAGAUUGCAUCUUUUAUACCCCGGGUAGCAGCACAUCUCGGAAAAGAAACAUAUCAGCAAGAUGUUGAUGAGACAGAGAAGCUGAGGGAAAUGCACGGGGAAAUUAUGAGAAGGGUGCAUUCGACCAUUGUUAAUGUGAAAGUGUAUCAGAGACACUUUGAAAAGUACAGCUAUUUGUGGACGGAUGAUAAAGCGGAGUUCAUGAAGCAGUUUCUUCUGUAUGGUCGAUUUCUUAGCACAGAAGAAAUGGAAUUGUAUGCAGAUUAUGAGCUGCAAAAAUGUACGCCACAGUUAGAGCACUUCGAGAAACAGAUCAAUGUUUAUGAAUCAUUAUACAAAGAAGUAGGAGGCUUUGAAAGUGAGAAGAUAUUUGAUGGCUGGCUUCUAGUGGACACAAAACCAUUUAAAUUGUCGUUGAUGAAUGAAAUCAAGAAGUGGAGCUGGAUGUUUAAGGAACAUUUAUUAAACCAUGUGACAAGCAGUGCCAACAAGCUGGUUGAGUUUAUUCAACUCACUGAAAAAGGACUGGCUAAAAAAGUUCAGGGGGAUGACUAUACUGCACUUGUUGAAAUAAUGAGCCAUUUGAUGGCCAUUCGGGAUCGACCAUCUACAGAUGAGCAGUUCAGACAUUUGAAAGCAACAGCUGAACUCCUGCGCGAUUAUGGGCAGCACCUGCCUGGUCAAAUCUACUCUCAGCUAGAGGAAUUACCAGAGAGGUGGAAAACUCUAAAAAAGACGGCCUUCAUUGUAAAGCACGAGGUCUCUCCUUUACAGUCCAAUGAAGUGUCUGUUAUCAGGAGAAAAUGUGUCCUUUUUGAGGUGAAGCAGCAUGAAUUCCGAAGUCGAUUUAAAAAUGAAAUUAUAUUUAAUUUUGAUGCAGACGGGCCUUACAAACACCUGGAUAAGACUCACAGAAACAUAGCAAGACUUGAGGGCGAAAUGAAGAAACUGCAGGAGACAGCAGACCUGUUUGAAGUGAACAUGCCGGAGUACAAACAGCUCCAGCAGUGCCGCGUCGCUAUCAUUUUGCUCAAGUCAGUUUGGGACAUGGUGAUAUUUGUUCGGACAAGCAUUAAGGACUGGAUGAAAACUCCAUGGAAACAGAUAAAUGUUGAGCAAAUGGAUAUGGAACUGAGAAGAUUUGCCAAGGAGAUGAAGACACUAGAUAAAGAGGUACGGACCUGGCAUGUCUACUUAGGCUUAGAAUCCACAGUCAAAAACCUGUUGACAUCACUGAGAGCCGUAAAUGAGCUACAGAAUCCUGCAGUCCGGAAAAGGCAUUGGCUACAGCUUAUGAGUAAAACAGGGGUAAGGUUUGUAAUGAAUGAAGAGACUGUCCUUGGAGACCUACUGGCUCUUCAGCUUCACAAAGUCGAAGAUGAAGUAAAGAACAUUGUGGAUAAAGCGGUGAAAGAAAUGGCCAUAGAAAAGGUGCUGUCAGAGAUAAACCACACUUGGAGCAUAAUGGAGUUCUCCUAUGAGAAACACCCCACGGGAACGCCGUUAUUAAAAUCAGAUGAGAACCUAAUUGAAACGCUGGAAGACAAUCAGGUUCAGUUGCAGAACAUUUUGAUGAGCAAAUAUGUUGAGUAUUUCUCGGUGGAGGUGACCAGAUGGCAGAAGAAAUUAAUAGUUGCGGAUAUGGUUAUCUCAGUCUGGCUGCAAGUUCAGAAAACCUGGGCACACUUGCAGAGCAUUUUCUCCAACUCAGAAGAUAUCAGAAACCAACUUCCAGAAGAUGCCAAACGAUUUGAAGGAAUAGAUAUGGAUUUCAAGGAAAUGAUGGAAGGCAUUGUAACCAGUUCAAACAUAGUCAUUGAAGUUACAGACCAGACAGGACUUCUUGAAAGGCUAGAAGCCCUUCAGCAAAGGCUUACGUUAUGUGAGAAAUCAUUAGCAGAUUAUUUGGAAGCCAAGAGGCUACGAUUCCCUCGUUUUUAUUUCGUUUCUUCUGUGGAUUUAUUAGAAAUUAUUUCCAAAGGCACUCAACCUAAGCAGGUGACCAGACACUUCCUGAAGCUGUUUGAUAAUAUCGCUGAUCUCAGAUUUGAAGAUGAAGAAGAGAAAGCACAGACUGCUGUUGGAAUGUUCAGUCGGGAAGGGGAGUUUGUACCUUUCAUAAAGCUGUGUGUCUGUGAAGGGCAGGCAGAAGGGUGGUUGCGGCGCUUGGAGGAAACCAUGAGAGCGACUGUCAGGCAGGAGAUCAUUGAGGCAGUGAGUGGCUAUGAGGAUAAGCCUCGGGACCAGUGGAUGUUUGAUUAUUCGGCGCAGGUGGCUCUCGCUGGCAGUCAGAUCUGGUUUGUUGCCGAUGUGGAAAUUGCUUUUGAGAGACUUGAGGAAGGAUUUGAAACUGCUCUGAAGGAUUAUAACCGCAAACAGAUUGCCCAGUUGAAUGCCCUUAUAAACAUGCUGCUUGGGGAGCACACCCCCGGCGACCGCCAGAAGAUCAUGACAAUAUGCACAAUUGAUGUGCACGCUCGAGAUGUGGUCGCCAAGCUGAUUGCACAGAAGGUCUCAAAUGGGCAGGCGUUUACAUGGCUUUCCCAGCUGCGCCACCGAUGGGAAGAAGAGCAGAAGGAAUGUUUUGUUAAUAUCUGCGAUGCACAGUUUCAGUACUCAUACGAAUACCUGGGGAACACCCCUCGCCUCGUCAUUACCCCGCUUACAGACAGAUGCUACAUAACCCUGACUCAGUCCCUGCACUUGGCUAUGAGUGGCGCUCUCUCGGGUCCUGCCGGAACAGGAAAAACUGAAACAACCAAAGACCUAGGCCGCUCCUUGGGUAUCAUGGUGUAUGUGUUUAACUGCUCAGAGCAAAUGGACUACAAGUCCAUUGGAAACAUCUAUAAAGGCAUUUGCCAGACAGGCGUAUGGGGGUGCUUUGAUGAAUUUAACCGCAUUUCAGUGGAAGUACUUUCAGUAGUAGCAGUACAAGUGAAAACAAUACAAGAUGCUAUUCGUCACAAGAAAAAGAGGUUUUAUUUUCUGGGUGAAACAAUUGAGCUGAUAACUACAAUUGGGAUCUUUAUUACUCUCAAUCCAGGGUAUGCAGGUAGAGCAGAGCUCCCGGAAAAUGUCAAAGCUUUGUUCCGCCCCUGUGCUAUGGUGAUUCCAGACUUUGAACUUAUAUGUGAAAUAAUGCUGGUGGCAGAGGGAUUUGUGGAUGCAAGGAUGCUGUCAAGGAAGUUCAUCAGUCUGUACACUUUGUGCCGUCAGCUGCUUUCUAAACAGGAUCAUUAUGACUGGGGUCUGAGGGCAAUCAAGUCUGUGUUAGUGGUAGCUGGGUCCUUGAAGCGAGAAGACAGGAGCAAGCCGGAGGAUCUGGUUUUGAUGAGGGCCCUGAGGGACUUUAAUCUUCCUAAGAUAGUAACCAAUGAUGUGGCAAUAUUUCUGGGGCUCAUCAAUGACUUGUUUCCCAUGCUGGAAGUUCCAAGGAAGAGAGAUGUGAAGUUGGAACAGAUGGUUCGCCAGUCCGUCGCUGAGCUCCACCUGCAGCCAGAGGAGAACUUCAUUCUGAAGAUCACCCAGUUGGAGGAAUUACUUGCCGUGCGCCAUUCUGUUUUUGUAGUAGGAAACGCAGGAACUGGGAAAAGCACGAUCCUGAGGACCUUACAUAGAACUUAUUCUAACAUGAAACUCAAGCCCACUUGGAACGACAUUAACCCCAAGGCAGUAACAACAGAUGAACUGUUUGGGUUUCUUCAUCCGUCGACACGGGAAUGGAAAGAUGGACUCUUUUCCUUUAUUAUGAGGGAACUCUUUAUCAUACCCCAUGAUGGUCCCAAGUGGAUUGUUCUUGAUGGAGAUAUUGAUCCAAUGUGGAUUGAGUCUCUGAACACAGUCAUGGAUGACAAUAAGGUUCUGACCUUAGCCAGCAAUGAGCGAAUAUCAUUGUCUCCCUCCAUGAGGCUCCUCUUUGAAAUCAGUCAUCUCCGGGCGGCCACACCAGCAACAGUAUCUAGAGCUGGCAUCCUUUAUGUCAACACACAAGACCUUGGCUGGAGCCCAUAUGUUACCAGCUGGAUCGAAACUCACAAAACUCAGUCUGAAAAGGCAAAUUUGACGAUAUUGUUUGACAAGUACGUUCCUUACUGUUUGGAGCAAGUGCGCUGUAAUUUAAAGACCAUAACUCCAAUCCCAGAAAACAGCAUGGUGCAGACACUGUGUUCCCUGCUGGAUUGUCUGCUGACUCCUGAUAACACACCUCCCGAUUCCCCUCGAGAAUUAUAUGAAAUUUAUUUUGUCUUUGCCUGUGUCUGGUCAUUUGGUGGUGCUCUCUUUCAGGAUCAGCUUAUUGAUUACCGCCUGGAGUUUAGUAAAUGGUGGAACAAAGAAAUGAGAACCAUUAAGUUUCCUUCACAUGGUACAGUCUUUGAUUAUUAUAUUGAUCCUGAUACCAAAAGAUUCACACCUUGGGCAGAGAAAAUUCCAGAGUUUGACAUGGUUCCGGAUAGCCCUUUACAGACUGUGCUGGUCCACACUGCAGAAACCGUACGGGUGAGAUACUUCCUGGAUUUGCUGCUAGAGAAGGGGAAGCCAAUUAUGUUGGUUGGAAAUGCAGGAGUUGGAAAAACUGUCCUUGUGACAGACAAAGUGACUAAACUUUCAGAAGAUUACAUGGUAGCCAAGGUUCCCUUCAACUACUACACCUCCUCUGCUAUGCUCCAGCGAGUCCUGGAAAAAUCAUUGGAGAAAAAAGCUGGGAGAAACUAUGCUCCUUCAGGCACCAAAAAACUGAUCUAUUUCAUAGACGAUCUUAACAUGCCAGAAGUUGAUGCUUAUUGCACUGUGCAGCCACACACCUUAAUCCGGCAGCAUCUCGAUUACAGCCAUUGGUAUGACAGACAGAAACUGAUUGCAAAAGAGAUACAUAACUGCCAGUAUAUAACAUGCAUGAAUCCUGCAGCUGGAAGCUUCUCCAUCAAUCCUCGUCUUCAGAGGCAUUUCUCUGUGUUUGCGGUGCAUUUCCCUGGCGCGGAUGCAUUAAAUACCAUUUACAGCAAGAUCAUUAGCACACAUUUCCAGCAUGGCAGCUUCAGUUAUAGCGUUAUCAAAGCUGUACCUACCUUAGUACAAGCAGCAAUUUGCCUUCAUCAGAAAAUGACCCAGAAUUUUCUCCCAACUGCUAUCAGGUUUCAUUAUAUUUUCAACUUGAGAGAUUUAACACACGUAUUUCAGGGAAUCCUUCUUGCUUCUCCGGAAUGCAUUCGAUUCUCUAGCGAUCUAGUGCAGUUAUGGCUUCAUGAAUCAUCUAGAGUGUACUCUGACAAGCUCAUGGAAGAAAAAGAUAUCGAACAGUUUAAGAAAGUCCUUAUUGAUACAUCUAAAAGAUAUUUUGAGGGCAUUGAUGAGGAUGCAUUGCUCCAGAUGCCACUGGUGUAUUCCCACUUUGCUCACGGCAUUGGGGAACCCCGUUAUUUUCCUGUGUCAGAUUGGGAGAAACUAACUAGAAUUUUAACAGAUAUUCUUGAGCACUACAAUGAGAUCCAUGCUGCAAUGAAUCUUGUUCUCUUCGAGGAAGCCAUUCAGCACAUCUGCCGUAUCAGCCGGAUUCUUGAGUUCCCUUAUGGCAAUGCUCUUCUCAUUGGAGUUGGAGGCAGUGGCAAGCAAAGCUUAUGCCGUCUGGCUGCUUUUCUCAGUUCACUCGAAGUUUUUCAAAUAACCCUUCGGAAAGGUUAUGGCAUCAAUGAUCUCAGGAGUGAUAUUGCUACACUGUAUUUCAAAGUGGGAGUGAAGAACAUUGGGACAGUUUUCCUGCACACAGAUGCCCAGAUACCCGAUGAGCGGUUCCUUGUUCUAAUCAAUGACAUGCUGGCUUCAGGUGAAAUCCCAGAUCUCUUUAGUGAAGAAGAAGUUGAUAGCAUUGUCUCUUCUACACGAAUGGAGUUGCGUGCCCUGGGCCUGCCGGACUCCAGAGAGAACUGCUGGCAAUUUUUUAUUGAUCGCAUCCGCCGACAGCUGAAGAUUGUCCUGUGUUUUUCACCGGUGGGUUUUACUCUAAGGGCGAGAGCAAGGAAGUUUCCUGCCCUUGUGAACUGUACAGCAAUUGACUGGUUUCAUGCUUGGCCCGACGCUGCCCUGCAGUCUGUUAGCAGCAGCUUUAUCCAGAGGCUGGAGGGCCUGGAUCCCCAAGUGAAGGAGUCUAUUAGCCAGUUCAUCACUUAUGCACAUACAAGUGUGAAUGAAGUGAGUGUAAAAUACCAGCAGAAUGAAAAGCAUUACAACUACACAACCCCCAAAAGCUUUCUGGAACUUAUUAAAUUAUACUGGAACCUCCUUGGAAAGAAAAGGAAUGAGCUAGUCCAGAAAAUGGAGAGACUGGAAAAUGGUUUGCAAAAGCUUCAAACAACUGCACUUCAGGUGGAGGAUUUGAAGUCAAAACUUGCCGUUCAAGAGGUAGAACUUCAACAGAAAAACAGGGACAUGGAGGCGCUGAUUUCCAAAGUAGGGCAACAAACGGAGAAACUGAAUCAAGAGAAAACCGUGGCUGAUGCAGAGGAGCGUAAAAUUGCUGCUAUCCAGGCAGAGAUUACCAAACAACAGCAGGAAUCUGCAGAUGACCUUGCCAAAGCAGAGCCUGCACUUCAAGCUGCCAACGCAGCCUUAAACACUCUAAACAGGCUGAAUCUGACAGAGUUAAGAGCAUUCCCCAAUCCACCAGUCGCUGUGACCAACGUGACUGCUGCUGUCCUCGUCCUGCUGUCUCCAAAUGGCAAAAUCCCCCGAGACAGAAGCUGGAAAGCUUCAAAGGUGUUAAUGAGUAAGGUGGAUGAAUUUCUUCAAAAUCUCAUCACUUUUGAAAAAGAACAUAUUCAUGAUGCAGUAGUCAAGGCCCUAAAAGAUGAAUACUUGAGUGAUCCGGAGUUUAACCCAGAAUUUGUGCGCAUGAAAUCCUCAGCGGCUGCAGGGCUUUGUGCUUGGGUGAUUAAUAUUAUUCGAUUCCAUGAGGUAUUCUGUGAGGUGGAUAUAAAACGGCAGUUGCUGUCCCAAGCCAACACAGAUCUUGUUAUUGCAGCCGAAAAACUGGAAAUGAUUCAAAAAAAGCUGGAAGAACUAGACACAAACCUGGCUGCUUUAACAACUGAUUUCGAAAGAGCCACGGCUGAGAAAAUCCGCUGUCAAGAAGAAGUGAAUAGAACUAACAAGACUAUUGAGCUGGCUAACAGAUUAGUGAAAGGUCUAGAGUCAGAAAAUGUGAGAUGGGCACAGUCUGUGGCUAUUUACCAUGAACAAGAGCAUACCCUGUGUGGGGACGUCCUGCUCACUGCAUCCUUUAUCUCAUAUGCCGGCUCCUUCUCCAAAAAGUAUCGAUAUGAACUGGUUGAACAUUUGUGGAUGCCAUUCCUUAGAUCUCAAAAGUAUCCUAUCCCAAUGACAGAAGGGCUUGAUCCUAUAUCCAUGUUAACUGACGAUGCAACUAUUGCGAAAUGGAAUAACGAGGGAUUGCCCAGCGAUACAAUGUCAAUUCAGAAUGGCACAAUACUUACAAACUGCGAGCGAUGGCCUUUGAUGAUUGACCCUCAGCUUCAAGGAAUCAAGUGGCUUAAAAGUAGAUAUGGUUCCAGAUUAAAGGCCAUUCAUUUGGGACAAAAAGGGUACGUUGAUGAGAUAGAGCAGGCAGUUGUUGCUGGGGACCCGGUUUUGAUUGAGAACUUAGAAGAAACCAUUGACCCGGUUCUUGAUGCUUUGCUCGGGAGGCACACACUUAAGAAAGGAAAAUACAUCAGAAUUGGGGAUAAGGAGUGUAAAUUUCAUCCUAAAUUCCGGCUUAUACUUCAUACAAAGUUGGCAAAUCCACAUUACAAACCCGAAAUACAGGCACAGACAACUCUAAUUAAUUUUACUGUAACACGGGAUGGUUUGGAGGAUCAGCUUCUAGCUGACGUUGUCAACCUGGAAAGGCCAGAUUUGGAACAGUUCAAGUCUGAGCUCACAAAGCAGCAGAAUUAUUUUAAAAUUGAGUUGAAAAUGCUGGAGGAUGAAUUACUGACACGCCUAUCGGCCGCGGAGAGCAAUUUCCUGGGGGACACGUUGCUAGUGGAGAAACUGGAAACCACCAAACUCACUGCAGCAGAAAUAGAGAUGAAGGUGCUGGAAGCCAAGGUCAACGAAGUCAAGAUCAAUGAAGCCCGAGAGCAUUAUCGGCCUGUAGCCGCAAGAGCUUCCUUACUCUACUUCAUCAUAAACGACCUGAAAAAGAUCAGCCCCAUGUACCAGUUCUCACUUAAGGCCUUUAACAUUGUGUUUCACAAGUCUGUGCGGCAAGCAGAAUCAUCUGAUGAUGUCCAAACACGAGUUAAUAAUCUCAUUGACUGUGUGACGUAUUCAACCUUCAUAUAUAUCAGCAGAGGUCUGUUUGAGCGAGAUAAAGUAACGUUCACGUCCCAGCUGGCUUUUCAGCUUUUAUUAAUGAAUAAAGAAAUAUCUGCCCAGGAACUUGAUUUCCUGCUUCGUUUUAAUGUUGAGCACAACUAUAACAGCCCAUUGGAAUUCCUAUCCAAUUCUGCUUGGAGCGCUAUUAAGACUAUGAGCUUUAUGGAUGAAUUCCGAGGCCUUGACAGGGAUAUUGAGGGAUCUCCAAAACGCUGGAAAAAAGUGGUUGAAUCGGAAUGUCCAGAGAGAGAGAGGCUGCCGCAGGAAUGGAAAACAAAGAGUUCCCUGCAGAAAAUGAUAAUGAUGCGUGCACUUCGACCUGAUCGAAUGACUUACGCAGUCAGAAAUUUUGUCGGUGAGAAACUUGGAACCAAAUACGUGGAGACACGCAAGACAGAGUUUUCCAAAUCAUUUCAGGAGAGCGGUCCUGGUACAGCCAUAUUUUUCAUCCUUUCCCCUGGAGUGGAUCCACUGAAAGAUGUUGAGUCACUAGGGGAUAGACUUGGAUUUACCAUUGACUCAGGAAAACUUCACAAUAUCUCUUUGGGUCAAGGGCAGGAAGUUAUAGCAGAAAUAGCGAUGGAGAAGGCAUCAAAAGAAGGUCACUGGGUUAUACUUCAAAAUAUUCACCUUGUAGCCAAGUGGCUAAGCACUCUGGAGAAACUGCUAGAAAGGUACAGCGAGGAAAGCCACCCAGAUUACCGUGUGUUCAUGAGUGCAGAACCUGCCCCUACACAUAAGGAACAUAUUAUCCCACAAGGGAUCUUAGAAAAUGCUAUUAAAAUUACCAACGAACCCCCGACUGGAAUGCUGGCAAAUCUCCACUCUGCUCUGGAUAACUUUGAUCAGAACAUCCUUGAUCAAUGCACUAGAGAGCAGGAGUUUAAGAGCAUCUUAUUCUCUCUGUGCUAUUUUCAUGCUUGCGUUGCCGAGCGCCGAAAGUUUGGGCCCCAAGGGUGGAACAGGAAAUACCCCUUUAAUAUCGGAGACCUUACAAUAUCUGUCAGUAUUCUAUACAACUAUCUGGAGGCAAAUGCCCAGGUGCCUUGGGAAGAUCUGCGCUACUUGUUCGGGGAGAUUAUGUACGGCGGUCAUAUAACCGACGACUGGGACCGGAGACUGUGCUGUACGUAUUUGGAAGAAUUCAUGCAACCAAAUCAGUUUGAUAGGAAGCUUGCCUUGGCUCCUGGGUUUGUCGUACCUUCUAACCUAGAUUAUCAAGGUUACCAUACAUACAUUGAUGAGAUGUUGCCUCCAGAGAGUCCUAUCCAUUAUGGCCUUCACCCAAAUGCAGAAAUUGAAUUCUUAACAGUGACUUCAGAUAACCUUUUCCGUACAUUACUAGAACUUCAGUCUCGAGAUUCUAUCAUUGGGGAAGGAGCAGCACAGACAGAAGAGGAGAAGGUCAAAACCGUCUUGGAUGAUAUUUUAGAGAAACUCCCCGAGGGAUAUAACAUGUCAGAUAUAACAUCAAAAACAGCCGAUCGCUCGCCAUAUAUUCUUGUCUGUUUCCAAGAAUGCGAGAGAAUGAACACUCUGAUACAUGAAAUAAGACGUUCUCUAAAGGAGCUGGAUCUUGGUCUUAAGGGUGAGUUGGCAAUCUCCUCGGAAAUGGAACAACUGCAGUCAGCCCUUUUUUUCGAUAAUGUCCCCGACACUUGGACGAAGCUGGCUUAUCCUUCAACAUACAGCCUUGCUCAAUGGUACAAUGAUCUUCUUCUUCGAUGCCGGGAGCUUGACACAUGGACCCAAGAUCUCUCUCUCCCAAGUGUAGUGUGGAUAUCAGGAUUUUUCAACCCCCAGUCCUUCCUCACAGCUGUCAUGCAAAGUUUAGCUCGAAAAAAUGAAUGGCCUCUAGAUAAGAUGCACCUUACGGUUGAUGUUAUGAAGAAAUACAAGGAGGAGUUUUCUCAGCCUGCUCGGGAAGGAGCCUACAUCUAUGGUCUUUACCUGGAAGGUGCAAGAUGGGAUGUACAAAAUGGCCAUAUCGCAGAAGCACGGCUUAAAGCUCCCACCCCAAUUAUGCCCGUCAUCUUUGUAAGAGCUAUUCCUAAUGACAGACAAGAGACACGAAACAUCUAUGAAUGCCCAGUAUACAAGACAAAAUUAAGGGGAUCAACAUAUGUGUGGGCUUUUCACUUAAAGACCAAGGAGAAGCCAUCUAAAUGGAUCCUUGCGGGUGUUUCUUUGCUUUUAAGUGUGUAAAAUUGUUACUGCUCAAAUACCAAAUUCUAGGAGUGGAAAGAAGAGUGCUCUAAAUGAGACGCCAGCAGUCUUGUAAAAGUGGCAAGGAACAGUCAGAAAAAUCUACAUUUGCCAUCCAACAUGACACACCUGUUGGAAGGGAACGCUGCAUCUACAUCCGACAAAAAGCUGUUGGUGUCUGGGAAUGUUUUCACUAGUUGAAAUGCAUCUACAUCCAACAGUCGGUGUAAGAACAAAACACCAUCUGAUUUUAUCUGAUCCGACCUGCAUUACAGCUGUGGGGAUCAAUUCAAUAUCUGGAAUUAUACCUGUAAGCAGGCCUGGACUGGCAAUCAGGAAAAUGGCAAAUAACACUUUUUUUAAUCUCAGUCUGAAUAUGGCUGUGAGAUUUAUUAUUGUACUAAGCCUCCUUUUACUCAACUUAAGAUGAUAGAUAUGCAGUUGCAUCUCUUUUGCUUUACUGUUCGAUCAGUUUGGUUAAAUAGGUUUGGUUUGAAUUUUGUUUUCCUCUAAGGAAACUCAACUUUUUUUUUUCUUUUUUAGAAUGAGUUAAAUGGGAUUGAUCACCUUUGAUUAACUUUUAGUAUGAUGUAAAGAGUAAUAUUCCGAGACAAUCUGCAAUUGGCCUUCAUUUUUUAUUUUUAGGUCUUUUUAUUUAAAGAAUUGUUCAGCAACGCUCCAGUUUGGAGUUACAACAGCUAUUUGGUUGCUGGGGUUCAAGUUACCUUAGUAACAAGGGAGUGGUUCAAAUGAGAGACUAAUAUGUAUAGAAGAGGGGCUGAACAGAAAGUUAUAAAAAGUAAACUGUAGCCUCACAGAGCAAUAGUUUUUGGCUGCCAGUGUCAAUGACCUCCAUUUGAAAGAUACAAAGAGUUUGAAGAAGGCAAAUAAUUAAACCAUAAGAAAUAAUGAAGAUCAACUGAAAAGUGGCUUGGAAUUGUUCAUUCUAGAAUAUACUAAGAGAUAAAGAUAAAGCACCCCAUUAAAGUAUAUUCUUUAAAAAAGUAAAAACAAAAAUGUUUAAAUUUCA